GUGUAUACGUGAGUGAGUGUGUAUUGCGCGUUUGCCGAGUCGACUACGACGAAACGCACUUGUCUGCCGCCGCCGUCGCCGUUGUCGUGUGCCUCUCGUAAUGUUAUUUAGUACGUCGGCAUCGCGAAUAUAAUAAACACAUAGAGGUGUAUGCGCUUAGGGUAUCGUCGAGUCGCCGAAAAAGUAUUAGUUUUGUUUUGCGUGUACGUGUUCGUAUAAGGAAAAAACGUGACAUACGCAUGGUGGUGCCCACGGAUUACAUCCGCAUUCAUUCAUGAACGACCGGGAUCGGCGCGCAACGAUUUUGCCGUGGACGGUAUCAUCGCGGCUACUGUCGGCAGUAGUACAUAUUCAGCAUCAAUGCUGUCGUUGACAAAUCGGGUUUUUCCGUUAUAUUAUUUCGAGUUGUUUUGAUUGCGUCUGACUGCGGUGUCAAUGACCUUUUUACUGUAGUGCGUGUGGAAAAUGGCGGAGCAACGCGCGUUUUGUGAUGUGCAUUUUUGUUGAGGAAAACAACCGGGGAUUCUGUCGAGAUAUCGGGCAACUAUUAAAAUAAUAUUAUUACAGUUUAUUGAUUAUCACACUGUGUAUACUGGAUAUUGCUACAACGAAAGCAACAACAACGCCAAAUACUGCUGCUACUACUACUACUACUACCUCCGGUGUAUGUGAUAUCAGCAUUGUUGUUGUGAUGUGGUAGAACACAGUAAUAUUUUCGUGUUGCUUGUUUUUACUAAACAAAUGUGUGCGCCUUGCAAUGUACUACUAGUUGUACCUAAUGGAAAGUGCGUCAUAAACACUAUUCGACAAAGAUGUGAAAACAUUUAGUGAAAAUGUGUGGUGAUUAUGAUGAAAUACACUGUCUACGUGACAACUGUCCAGGAAUUGACCAAUGUCGUUUGUGUGGUAGAUCUGUAGUAUCACCUAUUGUGCAGAAUGAUUGCUGCAUUUGUUUGUGGCCUUCAGCUCCAUCACGAUUGUAUAAAUCACCUACACAGCAACAUCGAAAAGCAUGGCUAUUUUCAUCAAAAUCCGUUUGGCAAUCAAAUUUUCUAUGUAUAGCAUUAUGGUGUGUUGCUGUACUCAGUGUCAGUCAAGCAUCUACAGAAGAGUAUCGCACACAAAUUACUACAAUUCCUACAUUCACAACUACUACAAGUAACCCUGUACAAUUAUCUGAGGGUAGAAUUUGUCAGAGCAAAGACAUCAGAAAUAGAGCAGACAAUCUAAAAUCUCUAAGGGGUUGCCGAGUAAUUGAAGGAUUUCUUCAAAUAGUUUUAAUUGACAAUGCAAAUGAAACGAGUUUUGAAUCACUUUCGUUUCCUGAAUUGCGAGAAAUAACUGGUUAUUUGUUAUUGUACAGAGUUAAUGGUCUAAAAUCACUCGCUAAACUUUUUCCUAAUCUGUCUGUAAUUCGAGGACAAGAUCUAUUUAUGUCUUAUGCUAUUGCUAUUUAUGAAAUGGUUCAUUUACAUGAAUUAGGUUUAUAUACUUUAAAAGAUGUUGUUAGAGGAGCUAUUUACAUCACUAAAAAUCCAAUGUUAUGUUUCACACAAACUAUUGACUGGAAUAAAAUUGCACCAUCUGGAAAAGGCUCUCAUGUCAUAUAUGAAAAUAGACCCGGAAAUGCUUGUCCUGUUUGUCCAUGGACAAAUGAUCCUAGUUGUGCUGUUUCCAGCACUAAUGAACCUUUGUGUUGGAACACAGAUCACUGUCAAAGAAUUUGCCCAUCAGAUUGUAAUGGUUUAUGUAGCAUGGAUGGUAAAUGCUGCCACGAGCAGUGUCUUGGAGGGUGUGUGGAAGAAAAUAAACAGGACAAAUGUUUUGCGUGCAAAGAGCUAGAAAUUGAACGGAAUUGUGUAACUGCAUGCCCAGCUAAUACGUUAAUUUAUCAAAAUAGGCGUUGUAUUUCGGAAUACAGCUGUUAUCAUAUGCCUCGGCCGAGAGUAGAACUACAAAAUGGAUUACACCCACAAUCAUGGAAACCUUUUAAUAACACAUCUUGCUUAAUGGAAUGCCCUCCUGGGUAUGAAGAAGUGCCAACUGAAAAUAGCUAUGGAAAAGUACAUGAAUGCAGGCAGUGUGCAGGACCCUGUCGAAAAGUUUGCAUAGCAGCUAAUGUAGAAAGUAUACAGUCAGCACAAAAAUUAAAAGGCUGUGUAGUUAUUAAUGGAUCAUUGGAAAUUCAAAUACGUGGUGGCACAAAUAUUGUUAAAGAACUAGAAGAAAGCUUAAGUAUGAUUGAAGAAAUCACUGGAUACUUAAAAGUAGUCAGAUCUUUUCCAUUAGUAUCACUGUCUUUUCUCAAAAAGUUGAAGCUAAUUGGAGGAGAGACAUUGGAGAGUUCAAAGUAUGCUCUAGUUGUGUUGGAUAAUCAAAAUUUAGUAGAGUUAUGGGAUUGGUCGACGCGUAAGCAAGAUGGCGAGUUAAAAAUUGUAAAUGGUCGAAUAUUUUUUCAUUUCAAUCCAAAGCUAUGUUUAUAUCGAAUAAAAGAGCUACAAACUAAAUUAGGCCCUAAAUUUGGCAAGGUUGAUGAUUUGGAAGUAGCUCCAAAUUCAAAUGGUGAUAAAAUAGCAUGUAAUGUUUCAAAAUUGAAUGUGCGAACAGAUAUAGUGGAUACAAGAUCCGUCGUUCUUAAAUGGCCACCCUUUUUACAUUAUGACACGCGUACAUUACUAGGUUAUGUAGUAUACUAUUUGGAAGCUCCUUACCAAAAUGUAUCAUUGUAUGAUGGUAGAGACGCGUGUGGUGGUGAUGGUUGGAAGACUGAUGAUGUAGAAUCGACUGAAACCACUGAAGAAUUAUUUGCAAUUAUCACAAAUUUAAAACCAUACACACAGUAUGCAUACUAUGUGAAAACAUACACGGUAGCUUCAGAAUCUAUUGGAGCCCAAAGUGAUAUAAGUUACUUUUAUACCCUGCCUGACACACCAGGUCCUCCACAACAUUUAGAAGCUACUGACUGGACCACAGAUAGUGUAACAAUUAAAUGGUUACCUCCAGCUGAACCUAAUGGUCAACUUAGUCAUUAUGUUAUUAAAUACUCACCUAACAAUAUAUCGGGGGAUGAGAGAUUGCAUGAGAGAAAUUAUUGUGAAAAUACAAUCAAUAUGAAUGACUUACCUGGAAAAAAUAAUAAUCCAAAUAAUGAAGUAGUAAAAAGUAAAGGUAAUGAAAAAGAAAAAGAUUGUAACUGCACAGUUCAGCCAGAAAAAAAGCCAACUAAAAUUAAAGAUGAACAGCAAAUAAAAACUAUGAUUGAAUUUGAAAAUAAUUUACAAAACAUUGUUUUUGUAAAAAAUCCUCAUCGCAAAAAUGAAAACUCCCAAAAAACAAAGCGUGAUGUAUCAAAUUAUGAUAUAGCAGUCGAGUUUCCGAACAACACAAUUAUAGCAUCUAAAGUUCUAACAGAUUCUGACAAAAACGAUGCUGAAAAUGAAUAUAUAAAAAAAAUAGUUCCAAGUGAUAUAUUGCAAUACACAAUAAAAGAUAAUGUAACACAUUUUACCACUUAUAAUAUUGAAUUGUAUGUUUGCCGUUUAUCGAACAAGAAUGAAACAGCCCAUUUAUGUAGUACUAGAAAAGCAAUGACCUCAGGAAAAACUCUUAAGAAAGAUUCGGCUGAUAAGUUAGACGAAUCAAAAUUUGUUGUUAGCCCUAACUCUACUUCUGUAUCAGUGAAAAUUUCCUGGAGUGAACCUCAAAACUCUAAUGGUCCUAUUGUCAGUUAUCAACUAGAAUACGCCAAAGUUGGCGAUAACCUUAUUCCGUCAAUUAAAUGCAUAACUAGGCAACAGUUUAAUAAGUCUGGUGGUUCUUAUAUAUUAUCUAGUUUAUUACCUGGAAAUUACAGUUUUCGAGUACGGGCUCAAUCAUUAGCUGGAUAUGGAGAGUACACUUCAUACAAAUACUAUAACAUCAAUGAGUUUCAAGCUAUAACUAAAACUGAAUUAUUUACCAUAGUUAUUUUGGCUGCUGUAAUAAUUUGUGUUGUAAUUAUUUUGGUUUUCUUUGGUUUGCAUCGUUAUUAUAAAAAUAAAUUGGCUUCAACUAGGUUAUUUGUUACUUGCAAUCCGGAUUAUAUUAGUUGUGAAUACCAAGCAGAUGAGUGGGAAAUUCCUCGGGAGGAUAUUGAGGUUUUGGAACCUUUGGGUAGAGGCUCAUUUGGUAUGGUAUAUCGUGGUAUAUGGAAGAAAAAAGACAGCGAUCCAGUGCCUUGUGCCAUUAAAACCGUAACAGAAAAUAAUAAUAUUAUGGUCAGACAUGAUUUUCUUUCAGAAGCUAAUGUCAUGAAGGAGUUUUGUACAACUCAUGUUGUUCGUUUAUAUGGUGUGGUAUCUCAAGGUCAACCAGCAUUUGUUUUAAUGGAACUAAUGACCCAAGGUGAUCUCAAAUCAUUUUUGCUCAAACAUCGUCCAGAAAUGACAGCAGAUCCUUUAUUAAAGCCACCAACAUUAAGAGAUAUUUUACGAAUGGCAAUUGAGAUUGCUGAUGGUAUGGCUUAUCUUUCAUUUAAAAAAUAUGUACAUAGAGAUCUUGCUGCUAGAAAUUGCAUGGUUGGGGAAAAAAAUAUAGUUAAAGUGGGAGAUUUCGGUCUUACACGAGACAUUUAUCAAACAGAUUAUUAUAGAAAAGAUUCGGAAGGAAUGAUGCCAAUACGUUGGAUGGCACCAGAAAGUUUAAAACAUGGACUUUUCACUUGUUUUUCUGAUGUUUGGAGUUAUGGAGUGGUGCUUUGGGAAAUGGUGACAUUAGCAGCUCAGCCAUAUAGAGGUGAAAAUGAUAAAAAUGUAAUCGCCUAUGUUAGUAGUGGUGGUAUUAUGGAAAAGCCCCAUGAUUGUCCAGAUAUAUUAUAUGAUUGUAUGAAACUUUGCUGGCGUUUCAAAGCAUCAGAACGUCCAACAUUCCCAGAAUUAGUAAAAAUGUUUUUACCUUGUGCUCGUGAGGAGUUUUCAAAGAUGUCUUUCUAUCACAAUGAAUUACAAUCUGAAACGCCACGGUUAGAAGUAUCUGAUAAUGGUGUUAAUGAGUCGGAAACAUCGGAAAGAGAACGUAAACAAUUGGAGCAAGAUCAGAUAACUGCUGCAUUAAGGAACUUCGGAUCAUCCAAUGAGCGAUUAGCACCAAAAGCUGAUCUGGAAGAGGACGAUGAUGAUGAUGACGAUGACGAAGAAGACUCAGACAACGGUAAUGAGUUGCAACGAUUACGCAUUGAUGACUUCGUAUAUAAGCAGCGGCCACCUAACGGGUAUAUGUCCAUACAUAAUGGAAAUGGUAAUAUCAAUACCACUAUGUGUUGACUUGUAAUUUCAUUAUUAUUAUAAUUAUUUUUAUUUUUUUUUAUUAGAAUUAAUUUUUUUUAGAUCAAACCUUUUCUCUUUUGUAUGGUAAAUUUGUUUUUAUAUUUAUAUAGUUCCUAACUGUUUGUUGUGGUGAAUAUGCAGAGAUGGGCUUAUGUUAUUUGUAAUAUUUCAUUUUAAGUACAAAACAAACAUUUAUAUAUUUAGAUAAGCAAUAUUUAUGUAAAUAUAUAUGUGUAAUACAUUUAUAUCUUACUAUUAUAAAAAUGUAUGUACACAUAAUAUAUUUAUAUUUUUACCAUUAAAUUUAUACAUAAAUAAUGUAAACACAAUUUAUAUGUUGGAUGAUACAUUAUAAAUGAAAUUCAGUUUUUAUUUUAUAGACUUCCUAAUUUUUCUGUUUUAAUCAAAUUAAUUAUUGUCUCAACUUUUUGUUAAUUUUUGCCAAAUUAUAUAUCAUAUAUGAAAUUACAUACGUUUAGCGUAAAACACCAGUAUUAUAUUCUAAUAUACAUAUAAAUUCUUAAACAUCUAAGUAUGGAUUCUUAGAUUUAUCUACUAAUAAUAAAAUUUUACAAAUUAUUUUAUUAGAUUUAUUUUAAAAUACAUAUGUAUUAUUUAACAAACCAUGACACCUAAUUAGGUUAAUCUGAUUUAACCGAAUUUAAGAUUGUUUUAUCAUAUUAUAUGCGCAAAGCACGUAGUUUGUGUUUCCUAAUCCUAAUAUUAUAUGUACAGACAUACAACUGUCAAUUAUAACAAAAUGCAACCACUAAUUUUAUUAUUAUAUAAAAUUCGAAUUGUAAUAAAAAAAAAGUAUAAAAAUAAAAUGCUAUGAUAAUAUAUUACCCAUCUCUGCAAUAUUUCUAAAACAUAAUAAUAUUUAAUUUAAUUUUAAACUUCCUGUAAGUUACCCAACCAGUGGGUAGAAAUCAGAUUGAACUUGCUCAAUGCCAAAGCCAGUGUUUUUUUUUUCAAGUAUAGGUUUAGUUCCUUUUUUUCUUUUCUUUCCACAGGUGUGCAAUUUAUUAGUCUCUAGUUUAUUAUAUUAAUUAUAAUUUUUUUUUAUUAUUAUUAAAUGACACAUAUUCCUAUAAGACUGCCUUUUACGAAUAAAACUACUUACGUAGUUUCCAUAGUACACAAAUAGUAAAGUUUAACCUUUGUUACCUGAAGUUUAGUCUUAAGUUAUUGAAUGUAUAUGUGUACAAAAUACACACAUUAUAAAAUAUGUGGUUCUAAUUCAGAUCCACUCAAUAAAAUUGAAGAAAAAGAGAGAGAAAACAAACGUGUAGAUAAUUUGGUUUUAUGAAAUCAUUCAACUUACAUAGUUGGUGUUUUUUAUACUUUGAUAAUUUAGUUAUUUUAAAAAAAAUUGUUGUAAAUAUGUUUAAUUUUUAUUGUAGAUAAACUGUAAACUAACAUGUUUUUAAUUUAAGUGUAUUACAAGUAGUAAUUGUGAGUCGUGACCAAAUUGUUUGUCA